AAAUCGAACCGAAAGCUGAUUCGAUUUGCAGAGUUUGUUUUUGGAAUUUGAAAUCUGGAAGCAUUUUAACAGAAGCUUACUCAAAAAGUCGAUUUUGUUUCCUUUUUAUUUGGUUGCUAAUUUAUAUUGAUCAAAUUAGAUAUAUAUAUAUACACACACACAUACAUACACAAUCUGUUUUAGCUAGCGUUGAAAGUAGUGAGAGAUGGCGUUGGAAAUAGAUUCAAUUUUGGGAAAAUGGUUGGGUUUGAAUACCACCUCUAGCCACACUGCCGUUGCCUCAACCAACCUUUUCGUUGCGCUUCUUUGCGCUUGCAUUAUUGUUGGUCAUUUGCUUGAAGAAAAUCGAUGGAUUAACGAGUCCAUUACAGCACUCUCAAUUGGACUGUGCACUGGAGUUGUUAUAUUGCUUUCAACUGGAGGAAGAAGCUCGCAUUUAUUAGUGUUCAGUGAAGAACUUUUCUUUAUUUAUCUGCUUCCUCCUAUCAUUUUCAAUGCCGGGUUCCAAGUGAAGAAGAAGCAUUUUUUUCGCAACUUCAUGACUAUAAUGUUGUUUGGUGCUAUUGGCACUCUCAUAUCCUUUGGCAUCAUUUCCUUAGGUGCUAUACACUUCUUUCAGAAAAUGAAUAUUGGUUCUCUGGACAUUGCAGAUCAUCUUGCAAUUGGAGCAAUCUUUUCAGCAACAGAUUCUGUUUGCACCUUGCAAGUGCUUAAUCAAGUUGAGACACCUUUGGUAUACAGUCUGGUUUUCGGGGAAGGUGUAGUAAAUGAUGCCACAUCAUUCAAUGCGUCAGCCAAUCAUAAUUUAUACAGAACCAGUGGCAGAUAA